GGCAUGGAGAAAAGAAAAUGGGGAAAUCAAACGUCCAUCCCAGAAUUCGUCCUCCUGGGUUUCAGGAAUCUCCCUGGAUUGCAGAUUCUUCUCUUCCUGCUUUUCCUAGUGAUCUACAUUGUUACCAUGGCAGGGAACAUCCUCAUGGUUGCACUAGUUGUGGCUGAUCAGCACCUGCACACCCCCAUGUACUUUUUCCUGUGGAAUUUGUCCUGCUUGGAGACCUGCUACACUUCCACCAUCCUGCCCAGGAUGCUGGCCAGUCUCCUCACUGGGGACAGGACCAUCUCAUUUAGUGGUUGUAUCAUACAGCUUUAUUCUUUUGGUUUCCUAGUGGUGACGGAAUGUUUUCUCCUAGCAGCAAUGUCUUAUGAUCGGUAUUUAGCGAUAUGCAAACCCCUGCACUAUGCAGCCUGUAUGAAUGGUAGGUUCUGUCUCCAGCUAGCAGCUGGCUCUUGGAUAAGUGGCUUUCUGGCUAUUACCAUAAUUAUAUUUUUGAUGUUGCAGUUAACAUUCUGUGGCCCCAAUGAAAUAGACCAUUUCUUUUGUGAUUUCAUUCCACUGCUUAAACUGUCCUGCAGUGACACGCAACUGAUUUCAAUGGUAAGUUUAUUCCUUUCCUUCUUUGAUACAUUUCCCCCUUUUCUAUUAACGGUGGUAUCCUACAUAUAUAUCAUCGCCACCAUCCUGAGAAUCCCAUCCACCACUGGGAGGCAAAAGGCCUUUUCCACCUGCUCUUCCCACCUCAUUGUGGUGACCGUUUUCUAUGGAACCUUAGUUAUUGUCUACAUGCUACCAAAAAACAACACACUGAGAGACCUAAAUAAAGUGUUCUCUGUCUUCUACACAGUCCUGACUCCUCUGCUCAACCCCCUCAUCUACAGCCUAAGAAAUAAGCAUGUAAAUAUGGCCCUAAGAAAAGCUCUGACUAAGUUCACAGGAUCAAAUUUGCAGUAG